AUGACCGCUCCAGCCUUCUCUGAAGCCAAUAGACGUUAUGUAGCGUCACUUUACAGACGUGCUCUUAAAACCUCUCUCAACUGGUAUGUGCAACGCGAUCUCUGGCGUGAAAAGGCGUUGGAGAUCCGAGCAAGAUUUACGGCAAACAAAAACGUUGCCUCGACUGUAGAGUUGAGAAAGAUACUAGAGAACACUGAAAGAGAGUUGGAAGAAUUUAAACAUCCCGAUCCAUAUAGAUAUCCUACUGCUCCGGAUGGUUCCAAGUGGGAGCGUAAUGUGCCGCCUCCUAUUAUUCCUCGUAUACCUCCAGAGGAGUUGGAUGAGGCCGGUGAAGCGGAUUUCAUAUUAAAAGAGUUGCCAUGA